AUGCUUGCCUCGUCGUCCCUACGCUGGAUCUGCUCUGAUGCGUUCCACGUGGUGGGCUACUCGCUGGGUGGUGCCCUGGCUGCCGCCCUGGUAGUGUAUUAUCCGCACAUGCUGAGGUCGGCGACGCUUGUCUGCCCCGGCGGACUGAUCCGCGAUGCGUACGUCGGUUUCGAGAGUCGCUUCUUGUAUUCGACCCAGUCGGGCUGGCCUUGGCUGCACCAGCGACCUGUUCGGUCGAGAUCGGAACCCAGUCGCGGGCCCAGCGCUGAUGUGCUCGUUGUCUUCGAUGAGGAUAAGAACACGGAAGUAGUCGGCUUUGACCAUGUGCCUCUGUCGGAGGAGCGAGACCGCCCUACCGUGGGCGAUGGGGCUGCUGAGAAGAACGGUGCCGAGAUUCCGCCGGGUCUGCCUGGCGGCAAGGUUCGCAUCGUCCUGGCAGACAAGGACCCCCUCAUCGACAAGGAGGAGUGGAUCGAGGAUACGAGUGCUUGGCGAGGGAGGCGCUGA